AUGUCCCUGUCGGGUAUCUCCUGGAAUCAUCACCACUACUACCCCAUCGACAUCAACCAGUUUCCGACGAGACAGGAUUCCGCUCCCGGCUUUUACCCUCCAGAGCCUCAUUCAGCCGCCUUCUUCAAUCACGGGGUUGCUCCCCUCUCCGCACCAAUCUAUCCUUCCAACCAGUUCCAACAUUCGUUCAACAUGAACACCUUGUCGACCGAUGAGAUGGAGAAAUUCCAGAAGCUCUCCAACGAGUUCCACGCCAAUGUGCAGGGUCCCGCCGUCUCAGCCAAGCAAUCGAGUAGCAUGGUUGCUAUGGAGUAUGCCAACGCCGAUCCUGCCUUCAUCACCAAGACUGCAGCACUUGCAGCAACACACCCCUUGGUGCGCACCAUGAAGGGGGAUGGGAAUUGCGGCUGGAGAGCGGUCGCUUUCGGAUAUUUUGAGAACCUUCUCAAAUUACAAAACCUGGUGCUCGUGCACGACGAGCUGACCCGGAUCAAGUCGCUCAAUGUGCUGCUGGAUCGGACGGGUCAAGAGGAGCACCUUUACGAAAUCUUCGUCGACGCGACGGAAGUGGUCUUCAACCAGAUCAUCGAAGCUAUCCAGAACGGCAUCAUCGACGAUACGUUUCUCGUCGAUGCGUUCAAUGAGGAAUACAACGCCAGCGCCAUCAUCACCCAUUUUAGGCUUCUCACGAGCGCGUGGAUGAAAUUGAACCCCCUUCGCUAUCAAGCUUUCCUGUCAAUGCCGGUGGAUCAGUAUUGUGCGACACGGAUCGAGACGGUCAAAACGGAAAUCGAUGAAGUCGGUCUGCAAGCGUUGGUGGAUGGGGUGAUUGGAGCCUCCGGCUUUGCGGUGGAAAUCCUCUAUCUGGACCGCAGCGAGGGCGAUGUAGUCACGCCUCAUCUCCUCACCCCGAAUCGGCUGACCGCGGCCACGAUCUGCUUGCUCUACCGCCCGGGCCACUACGACCUUCUCUACGCGGCCGAACCUACUGUGAAUAUGGAACCCGUGGUCAAUUACCAAUACGCAAUGACUUCUAACUACUCCCCCUGGGAUCAAGGUGCUCUCUCCUUCGAUGUCAACUCCAGUUUAAUGUCGAUCCCCAAUUUGAUGAUGGACCCGACCUUUGGGCUCGCGCCUUCACCCAUGCCCUCGGCUUCGCCCAGUCCUUUCCGUGUCUCGCCACCCCAAGAAGUGUAUGCACCACCGCCCAUGAUGCACACAUCACCGCCCCCACCUCCAAUCUCGCUGGCAUCGCCGCCGCCGCCACCCCGGAUGUCGGCACCCCCGGCUCCUUUGACUUCGUUGCCGCGCAAAUCAGACGGCCCGCAAAUCCGACUGAACCCGUUGGUGAUGAAACCGAACUUGAGUCAUUCGCUCCCCGUGACGACUCCGUUCAAAAAUUCGCCGUACAACCAAGCGCAUUUCCAAAACCAGGAUUUCGAGCCCAUUCAUUGGGAGCCCGCCGACCAUCGGAAGUAG